CUACUAAUCCACGCAAUGGGGGGGAAAACUGUUUUCAGACUUCCGCAGCAGUACGCUACAGUGAGCACGUUAAGAGACAAACCGCGGGAGAUUUCCGCGCAGAUCAACACGCCCCGUGGAGGGCUGGGGACAGCGCCCUCUUCUAUUCUUAAUCCGGCCCCUCUCCGAGGGUGCGGAAUGGUACGGUCCGAGCGGUACGGCGUCGCGGUUGGCUCAAGAAAGUUGCGUUCGGCGAGGGCUUUCGCGUUUCUCGUGCGCGCUGAGUGGCAGCUGGGGCGUUCGGAUUGCAGAGCGCUGAGUCUGGGCAGCGGGAGCAGCUUGAGCUCGCAGCUUCAUUGGAGCAAGUGGCGGCGGAGCGUCAGUUGCACAAGAGAGGACCAAUAUUGCCUUGCACCUUCGGAGGUUGUCUCUGACAUCAUUCACAGACAUCUUUACCCUGAACUGAAGAGGUGCAGCAUGGCUCACAACUGCCUGCAGUGCAUUAAGUACCUCAUGUUUGUGUUCAACCUCCUCUUCUGGCUGGGAGGCUGUGGGAUCCUUGGAGUUGGCAUAUGGCUAGCAGUUACCCAAGGGAACUUCGCUACCCUCUCUUCUUCCUUCCCUUCCCUGUCAGCUGCCAAUCUGCUGAUCAUCACAGGGACUUUUGUAAUGAUCAUUGGCUUUGUGGGGUGCAUAGGAGCCAUCAAAGAAAACAAGUGCCUCCUGCUCAGUCAUACUUACAUGCAACUGUAUGUGCUUCAUUUCCAGAUUGAUAAGUAUGCUCAGCGGGACCUGAAGAAAGGGCUUCAUUUAUAUGGAACUGAUGGAAAUAUUGGCCUAACUAAUGCAUGGAGCAUUAUACAAACAGAUUUCAGAUGCUGUGGAGUGUCAAACUUCACUGACUGGUUUGAAGUGUACAAUACCACACGGGUGCCAGAUUCAUGCUGCUUGGAAUUCAGUGAAAACUGUGGUCUUCAUUCCCCAGGGACCUGGUGGAAAGCUCCUUGUUAUGAAACAGUGAAAAUAUGGCUCCAGGAAAAUCUGUUAGCUGUGGGAAUUUUUGGACUGUGUACAGCUUUGGUUCAGAUUCUUGGACUGACAUUUGCAAUGACCAUGUACUGUCAGGUUGUCAAGGCAGAUACCUACUGUGCAUAGAAAUCAUAGUCAACGUCUGUCAGCCAUGGCUCACCUCUCUACAAGACAAAAGAGGACUCUUCUUCAUGCUCAUACUUUUUUUUCUAUGUAAAAUAAACUGUGUAUAAUCUUCUCUGGAAAUUUUGUGACUCACCUUAGUUUGUCACCAUCGGAACUCAGACUUGCUUGGACAAAGGAAACUACUAAGUAACAAGAAAGAAAGAAAAAUUGUUCCCCUUUUGCACAGACUGUCAAGUGGGAAGAGGCUGCUGCUUUCAUUUUCCUGGAGGCUGCUGGCAAAUAGUUUUCCUGCGUGGAAAUAGAGAAUCAAGUUGUAGCAACGCAAGUGCAGAGGAUGUGGAGGUUCCAUUUAACUGGAGUUUGUCUUUAACAACAGCCAGUGUGGCGGAUCCAAGAAGUAUGCUCCUGAACUCCAGAUAUUACCGUGGAGUGAAAUGGCUCCAGGAAACUUUUCUACUUAAGGAAGUGGUUUCAGUUUUGUGGCCUCUGAAAGUCAGCUCAGACAGGAUCUACCCUGGCCUACAUUGUAGGUGAUCUGUAAGCAGAAAUUGGGUCCGGUCUUGCAGACUAAAUCACUAGUGGUACACACUCUGAUGUGUGAAAAUUUAUACAACAUAUGUGGAUUCAUACACUCUGAGCAGUUUAAAGAAAAGUAGUCUAGCAGCUGCCUAAAUAAGUAGGGAAGGGUUCUAUCCUGUUCUAUAUUCAAUGGGACCAUGCAUUCAUUCAAAAGGAAAUGGUAGAUGAUUAUUUCUUGGAAAGGACAUUUUGGCCAUUGGAAAACACAACAAGAAGCAAGGAGUUGUCUUUCUGUCACUGUCCUCUGGAUUUUCUUUUAAAUGUCAUUCCACUUUCAACUUACAUUGUGUUUCUCAUUUCCAGGCUUGAAGUACAACAAAGAGCUUUAAGCGACUUGUCACUAAUAUGCCAUUUCAUUAAUUUGCUCCCUACUAAUUUCAUCUUCAACUAGGAUAGGCUUACCAGGCAUCAGAACAAUCCAUUAAUAUACACUUGUUUGAGUUGGGUUUUUUGACCUUGUACCUCUAUUAAAAGAACUAAAUCAAAUUAUCUCUAGGCAGAGUAAGGACGUUUGCAUAAUUUUCCUGCUAACAUAGGUAGCCCUAGUAAUGGCUUUGAAUUGCCAAAAAAGAGGUGAAACUUUACAUAGGCAUUUCCCUGUUUCUUUUGCAAGCUUCUUGUACAUCCCUUUUGCCUGCUAUACUAUAGUAUAGGCUAUAGAGCCAGAAUUUUGCUGCACGCCACCCCCAAUCUCUGAGCUUUGCAAGAUUCCAGGCACUGGCACAACAGAGACUGUGGUGCCUUUAUGAUACAUGGUUUAUUAACACAUAUAUGUAGCCUGAGCCUAUGAUGGAGGGGCUCACAGCAUUAACAUCCAAACAGGGUCUAUGUUUCUCCCAUAGCCACAGCUUUGGAUUGAAACAUUGCUCUCCCUCUCUCUGCAGCUUGCUGCUUCACUUCUAGGUCAUAUCACUCCCACUUUUAACUCUAAAGUCUGGCUUUGUCCUUCUAACUAACAGUGAGCUGAGAGAGGCGCUCCAUCUAUUUGUCAUCUUGCACACCUCUUAACGGUCCAUCACCUAGGUGAGCACCUCAGCACGGGACGCUAGCCUGGAUCCAGGGGGUUGAAGGAUCUCGCAUAGAGCCUACUUUCUUCCCCCAUCCUUCCAAACUCAUCAACAAUAUUCUCUUACCUUCUUACCAGCAAACAUGCAGACCUAGGUGCUAGUGUGGUAUGUCAGGUCUUCUCUAUGCUGGCAAACUGCAAUGUGUAAUCUGUGAGCAAAAAAAGAUAGUGAUCAGUUCAGCUGGCCAUUAAAAAUAACAUAUUAACAUGUGACACAAGCAUUUUAGUAUGUAAGCAAGCAUCAAGAGAAACACUGUGCUAGUAAAUCAGAGUUUGCUCCAACCCUAAUAGUUAGUUCAUACUAUGUCUGCUCUAGUCACACAACAAAGCCAGCAUGUAAACCCUAUUUUUACAAGCUAGGGAGCCAUUACACGUACAGUUACCCUUCCUGAUUUUCUCCCUCUUGAACAGCUGAGGGGAGUUAACCUGCUCUUCCCAUUCUCCCCACCUUCAGAUUCAGCUGCUCCUUUGUGCUUGCCAUUCUGCCUGUUAAUAUGCAGUCCUGGAUUGGAGUAUAUAGGAAUAUGCAGAUUAAUUCCCACUAUUUAUAAAUUUGCAAAACCUCAUCAGAUGAGUUAAGCUCAAGUGAUAUCAUAGCUUUAAAUCUUUCCUUUUGAGCAACUCUUUGGCUACAAAGAGUCACUCAGUAGAGUUAAUAAAAUAUAAAAAGCUAAAUAUGCCAUUGGGUGUUAACAGUCAAGAGUUUAUGUAUCACAGGUAGGACUCGCAGAAACCCAUCUGCAUUCUGGAGAGCUCCCACCAAUCAAUAGACAGUAGUACACUAGAUGGGUCAAUGGUCUGACUCAGGAACAUAGAAAGGUUGCCUUCUACUAAGAGUUUUGGACACCACAAAAGAUUUGGGAGGGGGGAAGCAUGUAGUCUCAGUACCCACCCAAGAACUAUGACAUUUUGCGAAGAUCUGGAAACAUAACGGCAAUAUUGAGAGAGUCUAGAGCCUUCAGCUAUUGCUGACAUCACAGUUAGGCUAUAGCACAAUUAUACAUGAACUGCAGGUGUGGGUUUAAGGGCCCAUGGUCUAUAAUCUUUUGCAUCAAAGAUGAAAGUAUAUCCUGCCAUAUGAGCAAAGAACCAGAGGCAAGUUGAGAAGCAGGCAGCUAUGGGAAACAAACAAAGUGUACAAUAAAAACUAGGAAGUAAAUUUCCCACCAUGCAUCCGAAUCGUUCUCACUACCCCUCAUCCUUAGUGUAACUUGUGCAAGCUUUUAAUAAUGAUGUCCUCAAGCAAUAGCAUCUCUCUCUCUGGCAUUUGCUUCCUUUCCCCACCUUUUUCUUACAUAUGAACAGAUUGCAACUUGGAAGUUCCCGUGCUGUUAGUUGUUGUCAUGGUUCAUUACCACUGUUGUAUUCACAAGCAUGCCUUAUUGAUAGCUUGUGGAUUUGCAGAAUAAUGGAGUGAUGGAAUACAUUAAUAAAACAUUGGUUCCAAAAAGAUUAAAGACAGAUGAAAUCUAUUUAUGGAGGUCCCCAUCAUUAAAAAUUAACACAGCAGCCCUGGUGGCUCAGCGGAUAAAAGCACAGAAGUUGUGCUGUAGAGGUGAAUGGGACAGGAUGUUCCCACAAGAGGUCUUAAAUUAAUCCUUUCGUAGUAUUGCCUCCAAAGAGGAGGGAACUAAUAUUGCGGGGGGAGAAAAAAAAGUUACAUUUUUGGUGCUCUCUCUGGAAACUGCAGUUCUGCUGAAUGGAUGCUGCAGUACCAGUGUGCCGUGUGGAAAUUUAGAUGAGCAGCCCUGCUGCUCUUUCCAGUGAACCCUUGCCAUCUAUCACAGAGAUGCAGGGAUUGCCAUUUCUCUACCAGCAACAAACCACGCAAACAGCAAUAUCCAUAGGGCCGUGCUACAUUUAAGCAGCAGUGAUCUGUCAGCAAAACUCAUUAUCUUGUCCAGAGUGGAUUCUGAUGCCCUUCGGUAUAAGGCUUAAAGGGGUCCUCUGCUAGGCCUUAUGAAAUGAAUAGAGAAGUCAGAGUUACAAAUGCACACAUCCUUGUGUGCAACCAAUGGACUUGUUUCCAAGCUGCUGAUGAGAUAUGUUUCAGAGCAUGCAAACCCACACAGUGUAUUUCACUUUAAAACCAAACCAAAGGAACUAAAACUGACCAGUUGAAGGUUGAGCCCUGUUGUGAAAUCAUCUGUUUAGAAGCAGCUUUCUGGACACAACACUGCCAACCUUGGUGCUAAGGCAAACAGCGGCUGCAUGUAAUGCCAGAAACAAUGCAGUCCGAGGGGAAAGGAUUUCAUCCAACACCAGCCAUCAAAGGGAGGAAUCUGCAGCUAAACUACAGCUUACACAUCCUGCAACCAACUCUUGCUGUAAUCUCUCACCUGCUGUGUUCUAUUAGCCAGCCACUCUAGUCCUCCAUUUUUUUGAGAUGAGGAAAAGGAGUUCACUUCUGACUAAGCCACUCCCUUGCUCCUGAAUCCACAAUAAGCAACACCCACAAAAGAUUUUUUAACAACUUUCCCUGUGCACAUGCCCCACACAACUAGUUUGUUAGCCAGGCACGCAUUCAGAGCAGCAUGAAAGAAGCCAGUGCCGCUGUUUUUCUAUGUCAUGAUAAGCACAGGGCUUUUAAAUGUACAACAUGACCAAAGCCAUUGAGGGUUCAGGUGUUGCGCCUGCCCCUAAAUAAAUGGGUUUGGGUCCUUGGUGCUUCAUUUCUUGUUUAUGGCCCAAGGCCUUAUUGUAAUCCUAUCAAAGUCAAUGCAAAUUAGGAUGUGGGUUUACAUUUCCGUCUAUCAUUUGUUGGGACUGUGUUGUCUUGUGUCUACUAUGAAUAUACCUGAUGCAGUGUGUGCUUUAAAUAUACUGUAAAAAUAACUAUUGAUAGCUGCCCAGUUUUGUUAACUGUCCGGGGGCGGGGGGGGGGGGAGGAGUACCCUACCACACAGAAUUAAUGAUCGAUUACUGAUCUAUAAAUAGAUCUAUGACACUUAUUUCAUCUUUUCUUUUAAUUGUGCUGCUGUUUGGCCACAGCAACAAAAGUGAAUUUGCCAUACAUGCUAUGGAUGGAUAUGCACCUUAUAAAUAGGAAGAGGCUUAUUAGGAAGAUAGUGCAAUGUUGUCUCAGAGGUUCUCGGGCAGAGGCCUGUUGCGGUUAAAGCUUUCUGUAUAUAACAGGACAGGAUUCUGCAGGUGAAAAAAGUACUGCUGUCACCCUUGGUUCACAAGGUUGUGCUCCAACUAUCGCACAAAAAUGAAGGUGGGGGGGGGGCUUACUCCCAAGUAACAGGGCAGAGGAGCAGCCUUAGACACUUGAAGGCCAUUUUGCAAAAACAAGUGGGGCAGAGCCGAGUUUGAAUCUUGAGCGUACACUGGCAAAACGUCUUGGCUAGACAUCAAACAAUGGCGCAUGCAUUUUCCCCUACCUUAAAAGAAAGAAUAGCAGAGAAACAGUGGGAUAGAGGAGGGAAAGGAUCUGUUAACCCUUUCCUCCCCAGUCAUUUUGUUUCUCUCAAAAUUGCCGUUCCUCACCUGCUCUUUGUCUCACAGACAAAACUAUGGAUUUACUAUUAUGGAAAGAAAAGCACCUUGAAGAGCCAAGACCAAGCAGAAGAAAGCUGCUUGAGGAAGACCCCCUCCUCCCAGCUAUUCUUCCAUUCAAACUCAUAGUCUCUUGAGGCUCCUUUGCUUUUUUCAAAAAAGGGGAGUGGGGUGGGGAGGCAGGAAAAAGAUGCAUGUGACUCCUAGUCUCAGCCGGUUUAGCCCAGAAAAUUACAGCAACCCCUGUUUUUGCAUUUUUUAGAUGUGCACUUAAAAUAUCUCAGGUGGAUACCUGAAAAUGUAAUGUGCAAAGAGGCCCAUGUGUCCUAUUGAUGAUGUGAGAGAUUUGAGCUCAUUGGAGCCUACACCCAACACUUUUGUAAAUGUUGCCCUCCAUUUUGCAAAACAUUUUCAACUCGUAUGUAGCUUUAUUUCAUUUCAGGUUCCAUUUUGAAUAUAAAUUCUUUCCAGUGUUACCUGUUCCUGAUCAUUGUAGCUUUCCUUGGGUUUCUUGGAUAGUCUUGCUGCAACAAAAAGGAAUGGUAUAUUUUCAUGCACCUCAUAGGAAGGGGGGAAAGCUAUACAUUAUUUUUUAAAAACUUAUUAAAUAUUCUUUAAAGUUUACAGUGGAAUGUGUUUUGUAUUCUCUAAUUCCUAUGUAUAAAAUUAUAAUAUAUGCUGUCAUACCUAAAAUCACUUUCAAGUUUUAUUUACGUGGGGGGAAAAUAUAUGGCACAUUUCUCUAU